AUGGCGCAGCCGGAUUCGGUCCAGGCAAACGGCAUCCCUGGACCGGACCAUGCUGAGUCCCCCCAGCCCGUCGUCCCUGUGAAGAGGAAGCGCGACACCGAGGAUGAGGGCGACGAGGUCAACGGCCAUGGACCGGAGAAGAUGGAAGUCGAUGCUGAAGUCCCAAAGGAGGAUCAUAAACCCCUCAUCAAGAACUAUUUUGCUGUUCUUAGCAGCUUCGAUGCAAACCCGUCAAUUCUGAAGCGUCGCCUUCCCGAACCCGAUGCAGAGCAGCCCGACGCGAAACGCCAAAAGUCCGCCGAUAGCCCAGCCACCAUCGCCGACAAGGUCAGCCACGACUCGUACUCGCAUGUCGACGAACUCGCGGCCGAUGUCGUCGAAGCCGUCAAAGAUCAACUUCAGGAACUUCAAUCGGCCAAGGUUGAGAAGGACAAGGACGUUAUUGAUGGCGGCGCUGUGGUGCAGACCAAGGAGUUUCAGCAGAAGGCCAUGGACCUCCUUCGAAGGGAGAUAUCGUACCCACGCAGCGCUGUGAACGUCAGCAACAUCAAACCAGCCCCAGAACUCACCCCAGGCAACGCUGUCUUGACGGUUGUUGGCCCUGGCCCUCAUGGCAAGCAACUCUUCUCAAGUUUGCCCAAGAAAGUCCCAGGACAGGAGAGCUUGGCUGCAAAGGCAUCGUCCUUGGAACUUCCCUUGGGCGUAUCGAAAACCUACAUUGUUCCUUCUCGCCAGAGCGAAAGAUCAGCUACUCUUGGAGAGCUCUUCUCCUCGAGCAGACCUCUCCCUCCACUGCAACCGCCUAAGCAACCCAAGCAGCUGGUCAAGGGAAACGUCCUCGGUUUCUACCAUCCCGAGCCGGCGCAAAAGUCCAAGUAUUACAACGAAUCUUACUCUAGCAAAAAGGUCGCAGUCGGUUGCUACUUGGACUACACCAAUGCGGCACCCUCGUCUAAGAGCAAGACUAGACAGCGCGAACGUGCUCAAAGUCUUGCAGGUCACCGACCUUCGUCUACCGAAAUCGAGGUUAACGAAAUGGAGUCCUUGUUUCGCAGCGCAUUCUCCAGCUUCGCGCCCGUCAGAGAUGAUUCCGGCUCUGUCAUUCCGUCCAGUCACGCUGGUCGCAUGUACUGGCAGCUUACUGGACAGCGCAACUUCAACCGCCUCAUCGAGUCCGAGUUGCAGGAAUUCGAUGAUGAUGACACGCUCGAGAACCACGUUGGUGAGAAGGCCGAGAUCGAGAACGUGGACGAAGAGUUCAUCACUGAGGCGAUUGAGAAGUGGGAUGAAUGGCUGGUGGAUCCGGCGCUGGAAGACAUGAACGAGGUCCUGUCGAAACCCAAGGAUAAGGACCCCGCCGACAAGGAGGUUGACGAAUUCCUCGAUGAAGUCACCGACAUGAUUGAGACCUUGCUGUCGUAUCAGCGCAUCCGCAACCUCACAUUGCCAUCAUCACAGAAUCGUUACGCAGGCGAUCCCGUCAAUGGCGACUUGCUUUCUCAUGGUGCUGUCUCGGCACCAACGGAAGAAGAGACUAUGACGUACGAAGCACUGAGGGCUCAGUUGAGUCUGAUUGUCGGCACUCUCCCUCCCUACGCAGUGGCUAAACUCAAUGGUAACCAACUUGAGGAGCUUCUCAUCAGCACCAAGCUCGAGGUCCGCAAAGAUCAAUACAAGGGCGUGAUGGAGGACGAUGCUGCAACGCAAGCCCGGAUGCGUCAACAGCAGAGCGCCGCCGCUUCUGCUCCGUCGAACCGGCCUGCCCCUCACCGAACCCCUAGUGCAUCCACCCCCUACAGCAACCAGUACGCGGCGGCACAGUACGGAACCCCCACACGAACACCCUCAAUCGCGCCGUCCAGCUAUUACCGGUCGGGGCAACAGCCUACCAUGCCCCCACAGCAAGGCUCCGUUCCUCGUCCGGGCGGUGCCCCCACCAGAUGCCUCAUGCGCAGCAGCCCCGUCCCGCACGUCGGAAAGGCACAAACACCGUAUGGCCACCAGGGUGUUCAGUAUGGGUCUCAACAGCGACCUCCACAAUACUCUGGUUACGCAGGCACGCCUUCACACGGCACGCCCAAUGCUCGCUUCCAGCAGCCCUACCAACAGUCUUUCCCGCAACAGCCGAGCACGCCUUCCCAGGGCUACGCAGGCUACUACGCUAAUGGUGCUAAUAACAUGCAAUCGCGGAACAUGUCGCCCCAAGUACCAGCUGGUCAAUACAAUUCGCCAACUCCACACCAACAGCAGCAACGGUACUACGGAUCGACUCCCCACCAGAACGUGCCUGGCACCCCUCCGAUCAACCCCGUUGCAAGGACAGACCAGCAGCGCCUCCACGCCGAGCAAGCGAGAUACAGAGCCGCUGCACAGCAAACGAGCGCGGCUUUCGGGACAAAGAUACAGGGUACACAUGAAGGAAACAACAUGACCCCAGUACCCGCCGACGACCAGAACGGCCAAGGAUCUCCCUACAAUGCCAACAUGCGAGCGCGCAUGGCCGCAGGUGGUACCCCGAAGCCGCAGAGCCCUGUCGGUAGUGUAGGAAAGCCGAACGGAACUCCACCAAUCCCGCACAAAGUGACGCCGGUGCCCAUUCCGGUUAUACCUCAACAGCAGCCGUACAGGAAGCCAAACUAG